GUCUCUCUCCGCACCCUUCGGUCGUCGUCGUCGCCUCGUCCCUCUCGCUUUUCACCACCUCCUCCGUCGCCUCCGCCCUCGCCUCCGCCUUCGCUUUCGCCUUCGCGUUCCGUUCCUUUCGCUCGCCCAACACCAGCACCACCAUCACCGCCGCCAAAACCCGCAAGCCGAACACUCCUUUACUCUCAGGGGGUGCAGAGUAGUACGAUCGCCCAUCCACCCACCCGCCCGACGCCCGCCGAAGAGAUCGAAAGAAACAAAUGCACGGCCAAGAUCCGUCCAUGCUGCGGGGCAGCAGUAGGCCCUACGGCUCCUCGGGCGGCUUCGACUUUGGGAAUAUCAUCGGAGAGCCCAUCGCCCUGGCCACUAUCUCGAUAGGAUUCAUAGCAUGGUUAAUAGCGUUCGUAUCCCAGGUCCUUGCCGAUAUGGACGUCAACAUCCGGGACUACCCAAAGUUCGCGUGGUGGACAAUCACGUACGAGCUGGUGUGCAUAAUGUCGGUGACCAUCGUGGUCUGUCUCGACAUGGUACACAAAUACCAUGUUGCGAUUGUGGGUUCGCUCGCCGCCGGUUUGGUGUUUACUUGCUCCGCCGCCAAUAACUUCAUCUACUCCGACAAGGCUACCAUGGAGGCCGCAGGUGCUGGUCACAUUCUGCUAUCCAUCAUCCACAUAAUCUGGAUCUUCUACUUCGGCUCCGUAACCCCCGAUCUCUCGCACAGCUACCACGACAGCUUCGCGCUGCACAAAGACAGCAAAACCUCGGGGCACCUCUCGCCCUACCACGCCGGCGCCAGCCGCCCGCACACCAGCACCUCCUCCAGCCACCCACCGCAGAUGUACACGUCGGCGCAGCUCAACGGCUUCGAGACGUCGUCGCCAGUGUCGGGGCAAUACCGGGCGUCCUCGGCCGCCGCCGCCGCCUCCGCCGCACCAGCCGAUGCCGAGCCCUCGCCGCCAACGGAGUACAACCACCGCGCAAAGGCCAUCUACGCGUACGAUGCAAACCCCGAGGACGUCAAUGAGAUCUCGUUCGCUAAGAAUGAAAUCCUUGACGUGAGCGAUGUCAGCGGCCGCUGGUGGCAGGCCAGGAAGCAGAAUGGUGAGACGGGCAUUGCGCCGUCGAAUUAUCUCAUCCUGUUAUAGGCAUAGCAUGACCACUUGUUGUUGUGCAGUGUCAAAUGUUGUUGCUGUUGUCCUUGUCGUUUUUCGGGCGUUCCCAUUUCUUCUUCUCUUUUCUUUUCUUUUCUUGCCUUUCUUGCCUUUACUUCUGACUUCUCACCCUCGUUGAUUGAUUGCUCUAUCUACUCUAUAUCU